AUGAGCCGCAAGGAGAACACGCUCCCGAACCACGGGCCAUUCGUCAAGCCCGAGCCCGAAGAGCCCCGCAUCGCGCCCCUGGCCGCGUCAGGAACAUGGCAGGCUGCAGGAUCGACCGUCCCCGCGCAGGCGGCAGCGGCGAUACCGCAGCCAAAGCCGCUCGUGAAGCCCGAGCCCGUCGAUGCGGCGCGUCUGCCGCCGGCCCUACAGCCCCCUUACAACGCGUCCUUGACCAAGCAAGACUCAUUUGCGGCCGCUCAGGGGCUGAAUGCGCCGCCGCGCGAGCUGUUCAAGAAGUAUGAGUGCGUUGAAGACAUACACUACGCGCCUGAGGACGCGCUCAAGGAGGGUCUGGGCAUGGUGAAGACCAUCAAAAUGAAUCUGAAGAGCUUGAAUGUGGGUAGCAAGAUGCGCCAGGAGGUGUGGAUGAACGAAAUCAAGAACUUGGAGAGUCAGGGCGCCCCUACGACGAUGAUAGCAGUUUGUGGAGCGACGGGUGCUGGAAAGUCCUCCACCUUGAAUGCAAUCCUUGAUGACACCAUCGUCCCCACGAGUGGUAUGCGAGCCUGUACCGCCGUGGUCACUGAGAUCGCGUACCAUAAGAAGAAGACCAUCGACGGAGACGUGUCGUUCCUCACUGAACAGGAAUGGCGCGACGAGCUCGCGGUUCUCCGAGACGACCUCAUUGACGAGGACGGAAACAUCAAGCGCAGCACUGACCUACGCAGUGAUGCUGGUAUCGCGUGGUCUAAGGUACAUGCGGUAUACCCCCUGAUGUCUCCAGACGCACUUCUGCGCUUGACGCCUGACCAGAUCAUUGCCCGCGACCCCAAAAUCGCGAAGCUGCUUGGGACGACCAAACACAUCUCUGCACCCGACUCCAAGACCUUCGCGAAGGAGAUCAGCAAGUACAUCGACUCCAAGGACCAGAAGCGUGGCGACAAGAAGGACAAGAAGAAAGACAAGGAUAAGAAGAAGGACAAGGAUCGGGACGGCCCCGCAUACUGGCCGCUCAUCCGCCAGGUGCGCGUGUGGUGCAACGCGCGCGCUCUUGCGACUGGCGCGAUUUUGGUCGACUUGCCUGGUGUCGCGGACGCGAACGCGGCGCGUAACAACAUCGCGAAGGACUACAUGAAGAAGUGCGACUGCGUGUGGAUCCUCGCGCCCAUCACGCGUGCUGUAGACGACAAGACUGCUCGAGACUUGAUGGGUGACGCCUUCAAGAUGCAGCUCAUGAUGGAUGGAAACUAUGACUCAAACACCAUUACAUUCAUCGCGUCGAAGUGUGACGAUAUUUCGUGUUCGGAGGUCAUACGGGCGCUUAACCUGGAAGAUGACCCCGAGUUAGAGGAUAUCGAGGAAGAGAUAGAGCAGUGCAAGCAAGACACCAACCAUUGGAAGGAGAAGAAGGCCGAAGUCGAGAGUGCCGCGAAGGACGUCGACGCGCAGCUCAAGCAGUCGCGCGCGUUCCUCAAGGAGUACCAGGAGCACCUGCACGCGCUCGAGAACGGGGAGGACUUCGAGCCCUUCCUCACUGCGAAGAAGGGGCCUGCGAAGUCGAAGGGCAAGCCCAAGUCCAAGGCUAAGGCUGGGUCUGACGCGGGGUCAGAGACGGAGAAGGGCUCUUCCUCGGAGUCUGAGGAGGAGUCUGAGGAGGAGAAGGCUCCGAAGGGUAAGAAACGUAAGAACAAGGACGAAGGCAGGAAGAGCGCUGCGAAGAAGCGCAAGCCCAGCGCAGCCAGUGAUGAGGAGGAAGACGCCAUGGCGGUUGAUGACGAGGACGACUUCAUGGUCGAUGACGAGCUCACCUUCUCUGAUAGCGACGAGGACGACGCGAAGUCGAACGCUGGCUCCUCUUCGUCUGGCAGCGAUUCCGGCUCAGAGUCUGGUUCGGACGACGAGAAAGACGCUGAAGAGGACGGCGAUGGCGAGAUGGAGGAAGAGGUCACGGUGGAGAGCCUGAAGGCCAAGAUCGAGGAGCUCAAGCAGGCGAUCAAGGACGGGCGGGUGCAGCUAUCCGAGUUCCGCAAGCAGCGCAAGGAGGCGAGCGACAUGCUCGCGACGCUGAAGAAGCGCCAGAACAAGGCGCAGAGGGAGAAGAACGCGUUCUGCUCGCUGAAGCGGUCUGAGUUCUCGCAAGAUGUUUUGAAGGAGGACUUCCGCACGGGCUUGAAGGAUCUGGAUGAUGCUCAGCAGGAGCAGCAAAACCCGGAUACAUUCGACCCCACCGUGAACAUCAGAGACUACAACGCGAUUGAUCUUCCCGUCUUCACUGUUUCUGCCCGGGACUAUGUUCGCAUCAUGGGCCAGGUCAAAGGCGACGGCGACCCGACAUGUUUCUCGAAGGUCGAAGACACCGGUGUCCCCGCGCUGCAGAAGUGGUGCCACCACCUCACCGUCGCGUCGCGCUCGCGCGCCGCACGCAACUUUCUCGCCCAGUUCAACACCUUCUGCAAGAACGUGCUCGGCUUCCUGCAGGGCAUCGGCGAGGUCACCGAGGCGGACCGCGCCGCGAUGCGCGAGAAGUGGGAGUCGAGCAUGGCCACCGCCGGCUACGCGGCGAGCGAGAGCGACGACGACCCGUUCUCGUACGUGUUCGGCGCCGCCGGGGGCGGGUGGGGGAGCUCGGACCCGUACGACCAGCAAACGCUGGAUGACCUCAUCGUGCAUGGGCACGGGGCGCGCUCGGGGCUGCUCUCGCUCAACAAGCAGACGAAGGUGGACCAGUAUGGCGAACCUGUGGGCGUCGCGCCGCGGUUGGUCGCGGACUUCCGCAAACUCACGGAUGGCUGUGUGACCGACCUCCAGGAGCGCUUCAGGGACGGUCUGGAAGAGAGAUGUUUGGUCGGUGCCGCGAAUGCUGCAUCGGCCGCCGUUGACACCUCCGACCUAUUUGCAGCAAGCAUGCAUUGGGCCACCUAUCGUGCGACGCUCCGCCGGUUCGGCGACUGGCGCCAGAAUCUCAACGUCGAGCUCUCCAACCCGUUUACACGCCAGAUCGCCAGUUCUUGGUCCAAGGUUUUCGAGGCAGACCUGUUCGCGUCGUUCGAAAAGGCGACGACGACGGUCAUCCAGAAACUCGUCGACGAUGUCGUGGCCUCAGCAGCGCCGGGCCUCAAGGAGCGCGCGCGAGGCCAGGGCGAGCUUGCGAUGGAGGACGCCCGCGUCGCGCUCGGGAAGACGCUCGAGAUCGUCCGCUCGACGAUGAACGAGGAGCAGAAGGAGGUCAGCCGGUGCCUCGAGCCGCAUGUCAAGAAUCAGCUCCUUGACGGGUACGAACGCGCGAUGGAUGAGCGCGGCCGAGGCAGUGUAGCGCGCCAGAAGGCUGUCUUUCAUGACUAUAUCGCGAGGGUCAAGAACCACGUCUUCACGGGGGCUGCGGAAGUCCUCAUGGGUCGCCUCGCGAAGGCUGCCGAAGCAGUGGGCGGUGCCCUUAGCGAGGCCCUCGAAGAACUCGCGCGAAAGAUCGAGGUGAACAUGGCGGUGCUCUGGGAAGGUCCUCGCGACGACCCGAAGCAGGCCAUGGCCCGUGGGGAAGUCGUGGAGGGCGUCAAAGAGAUACUCCGGCAGGUCGAGUUGUGGAGGGGCGCGGAACAGCUUUCGCGUGUCCUCCAGGCCUACACGAACGAGAUGGACCCGAUGGACAUUGAGAUACCUACGACGUCGUGACUUCGUCGCCCGUUUUCUUACAUUCACUCACUGUUUUGCCUGCUACGCAGAGCUUAGACUCUCCUUGAUGAUCUGAUUUUAUCUCUCCCCUUCCUACUGUAGUAGACCCCGGCGACGCUGCCAUACACUAUAGCUACCAUAUACGAAUCCUAUGCACUAUAUAGUGUCGCGACUAAGUACAUACUGUAUUCCAUCACUCCUUGCUACCAGUUGCUCCUCUGACCUAUUCUGGGUUCUCUUU